ACUGGUUUUGUGAUCCAGGGUCACAUUUAUAACAACGUAUUUGUAAUGUGCAUCUUUCUUAUUUUUAAUCUUUAUUGUUAAUAAAUAUGUAUUAAUAAGAAAUGUGAUUUGCAUAUGGGUAUAAUUUUGUUCAGUGAUGUUGUAGCCUAAUAUUUUGUAUUUUCUACAUUUGUAGGAAACCAUAAGUGUAGAAUUGGACAAAUGGACUUUGCAAACGCGGUGUAUCCCCGUUGUCUGGCCAAAUUCCCUCGACUGGCACUUGACAAUCAUGGCCUCCUAAUAAUCCCCAUCCACUUGAUUGGCUCUAUGACUCUCUCUUCUCUCCACCUGUAGCUGGUGUGUGGUGAGCACACUGGCGCUGUUAUACUGUGGCUGCCAUCGCAUUAUCCAGGUGGAUGCUGCACACUGGUGGUGGUUGAGGAGAGAUUUGGGUGUACAGCAAUACACAAUGAAAGCACUAUAUAAAUGCCUCUUUCAUUCAUUCAUGAAUAUAUUUUAAAAGUAUUAGGAGUAUUAACAAACUAAUUAUUUAUUUAUAUAUUUAUUAAUGAGCUAUUUAUUAAAGAUUUUAAAUAUAGUUUGGUUCAAAGGAGCACCAACUACACACACCAGUCAGACAUCAGAUCUGUUUUGCUUAGUGCUGGUAUAUAGUGUCCUCAAGUGGGAAUAGUGAGUUUACAAAGACCUGAGAGAGGCAGUCACAUGACCAUAGUGACUGUUUCAACUAAAGGACUUUCACUAUCAAAACGAGAAGCUCUGGCAGUUUCAUUCUGUCUGAGAGGCAUUCUGAGAGAGAGAACAGCUGAGUGAAACAACACAGGAAAUUACAAACAUUAAUAAUGACUUCUGGAAAAGAAGGUGAUCUGAGGAUUAUUCUCCUGGGUAAAACUGGAGCAGGAAAAAGUGCAACAGGAAACAGCAUCCUGGGCAGAAAUGCAUUUAAAGAGACCAGUGAAAUAUGUGAGAAACAGAAAGGAUACGUGGAUGGGAAGAACAUUGUUGUAUUUGAUACUCCAGGACUGUUCAAUGCAUCUAUCACAAAAGAGCAAGUGAAGGCAGAAAUAGAGAGGUGUGUAGAGAUGUCUUCUCCUGGUCCUCAUGUGUUCCUGCUGGUGAUCAAACUGGGAGUGAGAUUCACAGAAGAGGAGAGGAACUCAGUGCAAUGGAUUCAGGAGAACUUUGGAAAAGAGGCUUUGCUUCGUACCAUCAUUAUUUUUACUCACACUGAUCUGCUGAAGGGUAAAUCUUUGGAGGCGUACAUCAGGAAAAGCCACUAUUUACCAAAAAUACUUGAUAGUUUUGGUGGCAGAUAUCACUCAUUCAACAAUGAAGACAGAAGCAAUCAACAAGUUACAAAACUGCUUCAAAAGAUCAAAGUAAUAAUGAAGAAACGUGAAAUAAAGCAGGGAACACCUGAUUUGUUUAAAACAGAAAUAACAGGGAAGAAGAAAAUGAACCUGACAAAGUUCUCAUAUAUUUUGUGUACUAUUGUACUGAUUGGAGGUAUAUUACUAGAAACAUGGCAGCUUCAAAAGCAAAAGGAGGACAAUCAGCAACUGACAAAUGAGCUUAAACAGAAGAAGGAGCAGCUGCAAAAGAAACUCAGACAGAAGGAGGAGCAGCUGCAAAAGAAAGAAGAGGAGACACAGCAACUGACAAAUGAACUAAAACAGAAAGAAGAGCAGAAACAGCAACUGACUAAUGAACUAAAACAGAAGGAGGAACACCUACAAAAGAAAGAAGAGGAGACACAGCAACUGACAAAUGAACUAAAACAGGAGGAGGAACAGCUGCAAAAGGAACUCAGACAGAAGGAGGAGCAGCUGCAAAAGAAAGAAGAGGAGACACAGCAACUGACAAAUGAACUAAAACAGAAAGAAGAGCAGACACAACAACUGACAAAUGAACUAAAACAGAAAGAAGAGCAGACACAGCAACUGACAAAUGAACUAAAACAGAAAGAAGAGCAGACACAACAACUGACAAAUGAACUAAAACAGAAAGAAGAGCAGAAACAGCAACUGACUAAUGAACUAAAACAGAAGGAGGAACACCUACAAAAGAAAGAAGAGGAGACACAGCAACUGACAAAUGAACUAAAACAGAAGGAGGAACACCUACAAAAGAAAGAAGAGGAGACACAGCAACUGACAAAGGAACUCAGACAGAAGGAGGAACAGCUGCAAAAGAAAGAAGAGGAGACACAGCAACUGACAAAUGAACUAAAACAGAAAGAAGAGCAGACACAACAACUGACAAAUGAACUAAAACAGAAAGAAGAGCAGACACAACAACUGACAAAUGAACUAAAACAGAAAGAAGAGCAGAAACAGCAACUGACUAAUGAACUAAAACAGAAGGAGGAACACCUACAAAAGAAAGAAGAGGAGACACAGCAACUGACAAAUGAACUAAAACAGAAGGAGGAACACCUACAAAAGAAAGAAGAGGAGACACAGCAACUGACAAAUGAACUAAAACAGAAGGAGGAACACCUACAAAAGAAAGAAGAGGAGACACAGCAACUGACAAAUGAACUAAAACAGAAAGAAGAGCAGACACAACAACUGACAAAUGAACUAAAACAGAAAGAAGAGCAGACACAGCAACUGACAAAUGAACUAAAACAGAAGGAGGAACACCUAAAAAAGAAAGAAGAGGAGACACAGCAACUGACAAAUGAACUAAAACAGAAGGAGGAACGCCUAAAAAAGAAAGAAGAGGAGACACAGCAACUGACAAAUGAACUAAAACAGAAGGAGGAACACCUAAAAAAGAAAGAAGAGGAGACACAGCAACUGACAAAUGAACUAAAACAGAAGGAGGAACAGCUGCAAAAGGAACUCAGACAGAAGGAGGAGCAGCUGCAAAAGAAAGAAGAGGAGACACAGCAACUGACAAAUGAACUAAAACAGAAAGAAGAUCAGACACAACAACUGACAAAUGAACUAAAACAGAAGGAGGGACAGCUGCAAAAGAAAGAAGAGGAGACACAGCAACUGACAAAUGAACUAAAACAGAAAGAAGAGCAGACACAGCAACUGACUAAUGAACUAAAACAGAAGGAGGAACACCUACAAAAGAAAGAAGAGGAGACACAGCAACUGACAAAUGAACUAAAACAGAAAGAAGAGCAGACACAGCAAUUGACAAAUGAACCAAAACAGAAGGAGGAACAGCUGCAAAAGAAAGAAGAGGAGACACAGCAACUGACAAAUGAACUAAAACAGAAGAAGGAACAGCUGCAAAAUGAACUCAGACAGAUGGAGGAACAGCUGCAAAAGAAAGAAGAGGAGAACCAGCAACUGACAAAUGAACUAAAACAGAAGGAGGAACAGCUGCAAGAAAAAAAAGAGGAGACACAGCAACUGACAAAUGAGCUAAGACAGAAGGAGGAACAGCUGCAAAAGAAAGAGGAGGAGACAAAGCAACUGACAAAUGAACUAAAACAGAAGGAGGAACAGCUGCAAAAUGAACUCAGACAGAUGGAGGAACAGCUGCAAAAGAAAGAAGAGGAGAACCAGCAACUGACAAAUGAACUAAAACAGAAGGAGGAACAGCUGCACAAGAAAAAAGAGGAGACACAGCAACUGACAAAUGAGCUAAGACAGAAGGAGGAACAGCUGCAAAAGAAAGAAGAGGAGACAAAGCAACUGACAAAUGAACUAAAACAGAAGGAGGAACAGCUGCAAAAUGAACUCAGACAGAUGGAGGAACAGCUGCAAAAGAAAGAAGAGGAGAACCAGCAACUGACAAAUGAACUAAAACAGAAGGAGGAACAGCUGCACAAGAAAAAAGAGGAGACACAGCAACUGACAAAUGAGCUAAGACAGAAGGAGGAACAGCUGCAAAAGAAAGAGGAGGAGAACCAGCAACUGCAAAAGGAACUCAAACAAGAAAAAGCAGCUCAAAAGCAAAUGCAGGAGACAGAGGAGCUGACAACUGAGCUCAAAUAGAUGGAGGAGCAGCAACUGACAAUUGAACUAAAACAAAAGGGGGAACAGCUGCAAAAAGAACUCAGACAGAAGGAGGAACAGCUGCAAAAGAAAGAAGAGGAGACACAGCAACUGACAAAUGAACUAAAACAAAAAGGGGGAACAGCUGC